AUGCAUUUUACCUCACUGAUAUCCUGUCUUCCCUUGCUAGCAUAUGCCCAUGCCCAUGUUGUAGACACACGGCACGUGGGUAAGCUACACAAGGACUCUACUAAUCCUCGAUCAAUCCAUGCACCGUAUCAUCCAACACAUGCUGGCUUCAGCGUGCCAAGCCCCGUCGCGUCUAUCGAGAUCUCGAUAGACGUGUCUCUUGACGCGACAGAUGCUUCAUACUGGCUGGCUGAUAUCAAGCACCAGGGUAUCGCGGCUUUCAACUCCGAUCCCUCAAACUAUACUGUCUUCCGCAAUGUCAAGGACUAUGGUGCCAAAGGUGACGGUGUAACGGACGACACUGCAGCCAUAAAUCUUGCUAUUAGUUCCGGGGGUCGUUAUGGCCCGUCGAGUGGAGAGACAUCCACUACUACGCCCGCUAUCGUAUACUUCCCAUCCGGAACCUACUUGGUCUCGACCUCCAUCAUCGAUUAUGACUUCACCCAACUGAUCGGCAAUGCAAACUCAAUUCCGGUGAUCAAGGCUACCUCUGGUUUCACAGGUCUGGGCAUAAUCGACGGGGACCAAUACCAAAGCAGUGGAAAUCAGGGCUGGACUUCAACGAACGUGUUCUUCAGGCAGAUUCGGAAUUUGAAAUUGGAUCUGACUUCCAUCGCAGCAGCAACUGCUGCUACAGGUAUCCACUGGCCAGUUGGACAGGCCACUAGUAUCCAGAAUGUUCAGAUCGUGAUGAGUUCUGCCUCAGGAACCCAGCACCAGGGCAUUUUCAUUGAAAAUGGAUCUGGCGGCUUCUUGACUGACAUCACCAUCACUGGUGGCCUCUAUGGCGCAAAUAUCGGUAACCAGCAAUUUACCAUGCACAACAUGGUCAUCUCCAAUGCAGUUACUGCGAUCUCUCAGAUUUGGGACUGGGGCUGGACAUACCAGGGUCUGACCAUCACAAACUGCACCACUGCAAUUUCGAUCAACAAUGGUGGUGCUGGUGAUCAGCUUGUUGGCUCAGUCAACGUCAUCGACAGCAGCAUCUCUGACUGCUCGACCUUUAUCACCACAGCGUGGGAGACCUCAAGUUCGUCCAACGGUAGUCUUAUCUUAGAAAACAUCGCUCUUGAUGACGUUCCCGUCGCCGUGAAGGGACCCAGCGGUACUGUGCUUGCUGGAUCAUCGGGAUCGACCACCAUCAGCGCAUGGGGCCAAGGCCACAAGUACUCACCUGAUGGCCCUACCAACUUCCAGGGCACAUUUACCGCGCCGACGCGCCCAUCUGCUCUGCUUGCAAGUGGGUCUACCAGAUACUAUACCAAGACGAAGCCCCAGUACUCGGCAUCGCCGACCUCUUCUUUUGUGAGCAUCAGAAGUGCAGGUGCUAAGGGUGAUGGCACAACCGAUGAUACCACGGCUAUUCAAUCGGCCCUGACGUCAGCUGCAUCCACCGGGUCAAUUGUAUUCUUUGACCAAGGAACAUACAAGGUCACCAACACACUUUACUUCCCGCCCGGCCUGCGCAUUGUUGGAGAGGCCUACCCCGUGAUCAUGGCGAGCGGAAGCGUCUUCUCCGACAUUUCCGCUCCUAUUCCGGUGAUUCAAGUCGGCAAGAGUGGAGAGUCAGGCUCGAUUGAAUGGUCCGACAUGAUUGUGAGCACACAGGGAUCCACACCCGGUGCUAUUCUGAUUGAAUGGAACCUGGAAGCCGAGUCAGGCUCUGGAAUGUGGGAUGUACACGCCCGUAUUGGUGGUUUUGAUGGUUCUGACCAACAGGUUGCUCAAUGCCCUACUUCUGCAGCCGUUUCCGCAGCCUGCGAAGUUGCGUACAUGACCAUGCACAUUACCAGCUCCGCAAGCGGUGUAUACAUGGAGAAUAACUGGCUGUGGACAGCCGACCACGACAUUGAUGACCCAGCCAACACCCGGGUCUCUCUGUAUAGUGGUCGUGGUCUGCUGGUCGAAGGAACCAACAUUUGGCUUUAUGGAACCGCGGUUGAGCACCACUCCCUUUACCAAUACCAGUUCUCCGGUGCCAGCUCGGUUGUGGCAGGUUUCAUUCAGACUGAAACACCAUACUAUCAGCCGAACCCUGAUGCGGCCAACGGCCCAUACCCUACCAACGACACUCUCAACGACCCUGACUACAGCACUUGUCUUUCUGGCAACUGCGAUGCUCUUGGUCUACGCGUCCUUGACAGCGACAACAUUCUUAUUUACGGCGCUGGUCUGUACAGCUUCUUCAAUGACUACAGCACCGACUGCUCUACAUUCCCCACACCAGAGGAUUGCCAGAGUGAGAUCUUCAGCGUCGAAGGCUCUACUACUGGUCUGACGGUCUACACCCUCAGUACAGUGGGUACGACGAACAUGAUUGUCCAGGAUGGUACCUCCUUGGCGGUUGUGAGUGACAACUUGGAUACAUAUGCCGCUACUAUUGCGUAUUUCACUCUAUAA